AUGAUGGCCAAGGAGGAUCAGCCAGCGCAAUUGCCCCUCACCGAGCUAUGCGCAAUCUGGCGGCAUAAGCUGUGGUCCCAGUGUUCCGGCCUGCGGGAUCCGGCUGCAUACCUCAAAAGAAGCGAGCUGGCAACACCGGCCGCGUUUGAUAAGGACUUCAAUUUCCUCACUGGUAUAGAACGGUCUCUUGAGCGUGCCGAGGUCGAUGCUGAAGCGCGAGGGAUCGAUUUGCUCGCUGACGCCGGCCUUAAUGGAGGCAAAGCAAAGCAGCGAUGCGAUCAGGUACGAGGCGAGGUGCCCUUACAGCGAGGCCUAGAAAGAAGUGGCGUACGCAUCGUCAAAGCUCCCAAGGGGAUGACGCGGAAUAAGUUGAAUACGUCUCAUUGGCAUAAAAAGCAAAAAUGCCUUAGCUGGGCGGUAGAGUGGAUAUUCCCUGGCGGCGAAAAGACCAUAUCCAAGUGCCUGGAUACCACCAGUGUUGGAACCGCGCUUACCCGGCUUUCCCUGAUCAAGGAAUUAGGUUUUAGUAGCCGCGUGUAUGGUGAGAAGGCUACAGAACCUCCGACGAAAAAGAGGAAGGUAUCUAUUGAGAAGAUCAACAAGGACGAAACGACAACCCCAGAGGAAGAUCAGACAGCUAAACCUAGCGCUGUUGAAGAUGUCGACCGUGGUGAACCGGACGAUGAUACAGUACCAGACGAUGUAUCUUCAUCUAAAACACUGAGCCCGGGGCCUGCGCUACCAUCCACACACGAAAGCGAGCCGCCCCUAAUGCCGCCACCCGCACCUCUAACGUCCACAGCUCCACCAACGUCCGAAGAUAACCCGUCAUGUAGCGACACUAGUUCUUCAAAACUACAUAUUUACCUGCACAGGCCGCAGACAUGCGCCAAAGUUCCUGUUCUCAUACCGAUCACAGACCAAUCAAUGGCCUUGGGAGAGGUUCUUCGUGAGAGAACAGUGCUUGAGUUCCCCACCUUCUAUGUUCUCGAGCACUCCCCAGAUGAAAUAUCGGGUGAAAAGUAUCUACUGGAAGAGCAGUAUCUGGCCCAGCGCAAAGAAGGCAGCGAACCUGAGGGCUCCGGUGAAGAGGGGGAGGUUGAUGAAGAAGACAGUGAAGAAGCAAAGAAGCUUGCAGAGCUCAAUGCGAUGAAGGUAAUGGAAGUUCUCAGGAAGGACCUGGAAGCAAAUGUUGCGUCAUAUUUUUGA